AUGGGAGCAUUUAUUGCCAAGAUGCUGCUUCCGACGGUCAGCAGCCUGGUGUUUCUGCCGACGGCCAGCGUGGCGGCCAAGAGGGGCUUCCAUAUGGAGGCCAUGGUCUACUUCUUCACCAUGUUCUUCACGGCGAUCUACCACGCGUGUGACGGACCAGGACUCUCCAUCCUGUGUUUCAUGAGGUAUGACGUCCUGGAGUACUUCAGCGUCUACGGCACAGCUCUCUCCAUGUGGGUCACACUGAUCGCUCUGGGCGACUUUGAUGAGCCCCAGCGCUCCAGUAUAACCAUGUUCGGAGUGCUGACCAUCGCAGUGAGGAUCUACCAGGAUCGCUGGGGCUAUGGGAUCUACUCCGGACCCAUCGGAUCCGCUGUCUUCAUCAUCACUGUCAAAUGGCUGCAGAAGAUGAAGCAGCUGAGGGCGGUGUACCCAGAGAAGACGGUGUACACGCAGCAAGUCGGUCCAGGCUGCUGCUUCGGCGCUCUCGCUCUGAUGCUGCGUUUCUACUUUCAGGAGUGGGACUACGCCUACGUCCACAGCUUCUACCAUCUGUCUCUGGCCGUGUCCUUCGUCCUGCUGCUGCCAAAGAAGAAUCGCUACGCUGGGACGGGACGAAACGCCGCGAAGCUCAGCUGCUUCGCUCUCUGCUGCUGCUCCAUUUCCCCCGGUUCUGUCAAAGAGAAGACAGUCAAGUCGGCAAAGAAGAAGAAGAACAAGUUGUCUCGGACCGUGUGGACGGUCCCAACCGAGCGCUGCAGCACCCCCAUCCUGCCCGUUUACACCCCCCCACCCUCCACGCCUGUCAAAGGCACGAGCAUCAGCAAGCUCAAAGAGAUGAACGGCUGGAAGUGA